UGGUUAUUUAUACACCGGACCCCGUGGUACUAGUUUCCAGCUCAUUACUCUAAACAGUGAGUCAGUGAGCCAUGGUUUCUCCCAAUCCUUCACUUUUCUUCACUCUUCUUCUGCUCUCUGUAGCAGUGGCCUCUUCUUCUUCUUCUCAGCCUAAUGCCACAAAUAUCGGCCAAGGCUACCGUCUCAUUUCCGUUGAAGAGGCCCCUGACGGUGGCCUUAUAGGCCUCCUUCAAGUUAACAAGAAAACCAAAAUCUACGGACCUGACAUUCCCCUCCUCCGUUUCUACGCCAAACACGAGACGGAUAACCGUUUGAGGGUUCAAAUAACCGACGCUACCAAACCAAGAUGGGAGGUUCCGUACAACCUUUUACCAAGAGAGCAACCACCGCCAUUAACACAAAGCAUCGGAAGGAAGUCCAUCAAGAACCCCAUAACCGUCUCAGAGUACUCUGGCUCCGAGCUUCUCUUAAGCUACACCUCAAACCCGUUCACCUUCGCCGUGAAACGGAAGUCGAACGGCGAAACCCUCUUCGACACAAACUCCCUUUUCAGUUCCCUCGUGUUCAAGGACCAGUACCUUGAGAUUUCAACAAAACUUCCGAAAGACGCUUCUCUUUAUGGAUUGGGAGAAAACACGCAACCGCACGGGAUUAAGCUGUACCCGAGUGACCCUUACACGCUGUACACGACUGAUAUUUCUGCCAUUAACCUCAAUGCUGAUCUGUACGGGUCGCAUCCGGUGUACAUGGAUCUGAGAAAUAACGGCGAUUCUGCUUCGGCGCACGCCGUUUUGCUUCUUAACAGCAAUGGAAUGGAUGUUUUCUAUAAAGGGACGUCGUUGACUUACAAGGUCAUUGGUGGUGUCUUCGAUUUCUACUUCUUUUCGGGACCUUCUCCAUUGAAUGUUGUUGAUCAGUAUACUUCCUUCAUUGGCAGACCUGCUCCAAUGCCUUACUGGGCUUUCGGGUUCCAUCAAUGCAGAUGGGGAUAUCACAAUCUGUCCGUGGUUGAGGAUGUUGUUGAAAAUUAUAAAAAGGCUCAAAUCCCACUUGAUGUGAUAUGGAAUGAUGAUGAUCACAUGGAUGGGCACAAGGACUUCACUCUCAAUCCAGUAAACUACCCUCGUCCAAAACUCUUAAACUUUUUGGACAGAAUACACAAGAUUGGCAUGAAAUACAUUGUCAUUAUUGAUCCCGGAAUUGCAGUUAACUCCUCUUAUGGUGUAUAUCAAAGGGGUUUAGCAAAUGAUGUUUUCAUCAAGUAUGAAGGUGAACCUUUCUUGGCUCAGGUUUGGCCCGGCGCUGUAAAUUUUCCUGAUUUUCUCAAUCCAAAGACAGUUUCUUGGUGGGGUGAUGAGGUUCGACGCUUCCAUGAACUCGUUCCUGUAGAUGGGCUAUGGAUUGACAUGAAUGAAGCUUCUAAUUUCUGCUCUGGAAAGUGCAAGAUUCCUAAGGGAAAGAUAUGCCCAAGUGGUACAGGGCCUGGAUGGAUAUGCUGCUUGGAUUGCAAGAACAUCACCAAAACGCGAUGGGACGAUCCUCCAUAUAAGAUAAACGCCUCAGGAACACAGGUUCCAAUCGGCUACAAAACAAUAGCAACAAGUGCAGUCCACUAUAAUGGUGUUCUGGAGUAUGAUGCGCACAGUCUUUAUGGUUUCUCUCAGUCCAUUGCAACUCACAAGGCCCUCCAAGGCCUUCAAGGCAAAAGGCCAUUCAUUUUGUCUCGAUCAACUUAUGUCGGUUCAGGAAAAUACGCUGCGCAUUGGACCGGUGACAAUCAAGGAACUUGGGAGAAUUUGAGGUACUCAAUAUCCACAAUGCUCAAUUUCGGUAUAUUUGGGGUGCCAAUGGUGGGUUCAGAUAUAUGUGGAUUCUAUCCACAACCAACUGAAGAGCUUUGCAAUAGGUGGAUUGAAGUUGGUGCUUUCUAUCCUUUUUCAAGGGAUCAUGCCAACUAUUACUCCCCUAGACAGGAGCUUUACCAAUGGGAGUCGGUAGCGCAAUCUGCAAGAAAUGCUUUGGGUAUAAGGUAUAAGUUAUUGCCAUAUCUCUACACCUUGAGCUAUGAGGCUCAUGUCAGUGGAGCCCCAAUUGCCAGGCCUCUUUUCUUCUCAUUUCCGACUUACACCGAGUGUUACGGCCUUAGCACCCAGUUCUUGCUAGGAAGCAGUCUCAUGAUCUCUCCAGUGCUAGAACAGGGGAAAAUACAAGUCAAAGCACUCUUCCCUCCUGGAAGCUGGUAUAGUUUGCUUGAUUGGACAAGCACUAUCUCGUCGAAGAAUGGAGUCUAUGUCACCCUUGAUGCGCCGCUGCACGUGGUAAAUGUGCAUUUAUACCAGAAUGCCAUUCUUCCAAUGCAGCGGGGCGGAAUGAUAUCAAAGGAAGCCAGAACAACACCCUUCACGCUUAUUGUCGCCUUCCCGGCAGGGGCAACACAAGGAGAAGCUAAAGGGAACCUUUACCUUGAUGAGGACGAACAGCCGGAGAUGCAACUCGGAAAUGGCUACUCAACUUAUGUUGAUUUCCAGGCCACUGUCAAGCAAGGUGCUGUGAAAGUUUGGUCAGAGGUCCAAGAGGGCAAGUUUGCUUUAGAUAAAGGUUUCACCAUUGAAGCCAUAUCUGUGCUGGGAUUAGAUGGAAGCGGAGUAAUAUCUGAAGUUGAGAUAGAUGGAAAGCCAUUGAUGAGUGUCACAAACGCCACUGUUAGUACGUCGCAGCAUGUGCACUUGGAUGGUGAGAAUAAUGGCGAAAGUAAGAUAAUCAUGGUAGGGUUGACAGGCUUGAACAUCCCUGUAGGUAGAAACUUUGCUAUGACCUGGAAAAUGGGAUAAUUAUAGGUUCCAGGUUCUGUCAUCUUAUUUGUUACUUUAGAAAUUUCCUGCUUUCUUUUCUCUUUUUUUUUGGCUAUAAUUGUUUGGCGUUGUUGAGGGAGAAGAGAUGAGCUAGAAUCACGUUCCUCCUUUUCCCAUUUUAACAAGUCUUGGCAACAAGGCUUGUGGUUGAAACCUGAGUGUAAUGUGCUUUGAGUGAGUUUUAGAUUUAUCUUGCCUUUGAGGCUGUUAUUGAAAUCCUACAA